CCCCUUUAAGGUUGUCCCACACAUUAUUAAGUGAAGGCGUCUGUUAUACUUCCAGCACAACCGUAUCUAUUCGUAAUACUAUCCAACUUAGAAAUUUAUCAUUAUUUAUUUACCCGUUUACAACAUAUACUCACAGACAUGGACAGAAUCUUCUAUAAAACACUCGUACGAGAUCCUAUAACUAAUUACCCAAUCUAUAUAUUCGAUACGUCAUACCUACCCUCACCCGACAUUAUAAACUACGAUGAAUUCAUCCUAACACUAAUGAAUCAUGUUCCAACCCAGCCAUAUAUCUUGAUUAUGUUUAACUGCGGUUUAAACAAGAUCAGUUGGGUAUGGGGUAUCAAAUUCCUAAAGUCGUUUGUUGACAGUGACAACCACAACCUUAAUAAUGUCAUCAAGAUCUUUGCUGUUCAUGACAGUUGGUUUAUCAAAUCCAUAACUGAAAUCGUUUAUAAUUUCAACUCAACCAAAAAAAACUUGGAGCAAUUUAACAAAUUGCUUAACAUGUUUGAUAUCAGCACAAAGUCCAAUGAUAAUACUCAGGUUAUUCACUGCGACAACUUGAACAAACUUAGUCAUUAUUUGGAUAUCACAAGAUUAAAAAUAUCAUUGAAUGUUUAUAAACACGACUUACAAUUAGAACCAAGUGGGGUUGAAUUAGCUAUGAGAUAUACUCCCGUGAUUAACCCGUUGGUAAGACUUGACAGGCAUACCCAUGAGACUUUCCACCAUCAUUUAUAUCAAAUCUUCAAUAUCAUUGAUGAAAAUGGUGACAAGGUAGAGCUAAUUUUCCACAAACCAGGUAACAAACAAGCAACUGAGAUAUUUUUUAAAUGUAUAAUGAGAAAUCAGUUGAUUUGGAUUAACGACUUUGACUUGUAUUGUAUAUCGGGAACCUUCAAGAAAUUACUCCUGGAGUUGCCAUAUCCUUUAUUACAAGUUGCUUCAAUCACACUACCAAUUCAAGAUAAUACAUCAUACACGAAACAAACACUAGCUAAUAUAAUACAACAAUUGAAAUCCAACGAAGAAACCAGAAAUUAUGAUCAAUUACUCCUUCAAUUGUUCAACACCUGUUAUAAGCUAAUUCAAACAGAGAUCACAAAGCAUACCCCGGUGACUUUAUCAAAUUGUCUUGCCCAUUGUUUAAGUCACGAAUUGAUAUCUACAAACCAGAACAACGUGCAAAUUGUCAAGAGAUUUAUAAAGAAUGUAUUGGAGGAUUGGUCAAGCAUUAGAAAUGAUUAUCACAUACACACCAUUACAGAAACAAUCUCAGGAAGCACACAGACCAAAGCACCAAUACCCACUGCAAUCCCCAGCACUACUCAAUUACCGCCACCCAGCCAGUACUUGCCAGACACUUCGUAUGACCAAAACUACGAUUUAACAAUUGAUGAUACUUCGUCAACUAACUCGUCAACCGAUACAAUAUUCAAAGAUUCUCCUUCCUACAAACUGGCGAUUUCAUCUCAAGAAACCCUAAAGGUUGAAUUACAAUUCCCACCCCAAAAGUAUAAAUUUUCAAAUAUACCCAAAUUGAAAAAAGAGUCUUCAGUUGAACAAGAUAUAAUACCACAAACGCCCGUAAAGAAACCAGUAAUACGCGGACGUAAAGUUAGUGAAUUAGCUAGAUUAUUCGAAGAAAGAAGUGAAGGAUUGGAAAUACUCAAAGGAAUGUAAAUAAAACAAAUAAUAUACAAAAUUAAACAAUAAACUGAUAAAAAACAUCUCUUAUUCCCCAACUAACCGGCUAUCGAUAUUAUCAAUAGACAAUUCAUCAUCAUUGUUAUAAUGCUGUUGUCCGUUGGAUCCACCGGCAGCAGCUCGAGCAGCAUUGGCCACAGCAGCAAUGGCAACUGCAGAAGAUGAACUUCCACUAUUAUUAUUCCCUUCUCCAUCAUAUUGGUAUUGUUGAUAUUGUGAUUCAACUGCAGCCGAGGCUUCAUUAAAUUGUCUUUGGAACUCAUCCGAGUGCUGUUGUGAAUGUUGAUGUUGUUGUGCGUGCUGUUGCUGUUGUUGCAAUUGGUGAAGUUGUUGUUGUGAAGGGUGAUGUACUUGAUGAUGGAUUUGGUGGUGGGGUAUAUCAUACAAUACUUCCGACCCUUCAUCUUGAUGCAAGAAUGCAUUGGCAUUAGCAGCAGCGGCGGCAACAGCAGCCACGGCAGCGGCAUCAUCACCCUGAGGUUGACCUUGUUGCAGUGAUAAUUGUUGGGUACGCCUUCUAUAGUUCGACAAUCUAGCCGAUGAGAUUUGUCCAAAUCUGGCAGUUUGCUUCUUGAGUUUACGUUUGUAUCCUCUGAUUUCAUUAUAGAUAUCUUCUCGUUUGAUUAAUACAUCAGGAUAUUGUUCCUUGAUCUUAGCUUCAAUAUGCAGCGGUUUAGUUCCAACUUUAUACAAAUCCAAAAUCAACAAGUUUAAUUCAUCGCUGCGUUUACGCAACAUAGGAUGAUUACUCAAUGGAUCCAAUUGUGGAUGGUUAUGUUCAUUACAAGUGGUUCUUAAUGUCCACACUCCAGUAGACUUCUUGAACAGCGCAGUCAUAGAAAAUGGGCAUUUCAAUUUCUUGGUCUUGGUGUUUGGAUCCAACAUGUAUCCAUCACCGACAUCAAUAUGAUGUGAUUCAUCCACAGGCUCUUCUUCUUCUUGAUCCUUUUUGGAUUUCUUUUGACGAUACCUUCCUCCUAAUUCACAAGUAUAAUAAAUAGCCUUCUUGUUAGAAUGGGCAAUCACGACGCCAAAUCCGUUAUCUCUUGCAAACUCUUGAAUGAAAUCAUUCAAAUCAUCACGAUUGUGAAAUAUUUGUUCUGGAUAUGGCCUUGUGAUUAAAUUACCGUUUGCAGUGAUGGUGUUUUCAAUCACAGGGUAUAUUUUCAGUUUGGAGUCUAUGAUUGGUUCAGGAAUUUGAAUAUUGUAUUCAGAAAGUUCAUCUGUAGUCGAGGCAUUGCUUAAAUCACCCAAGUGGUGAGCUUGCAGCUGAUGUAUACCUGCUGCGGCGGCCGCAGCUGCUGCAGCUGCCAAUUGUUGAUGAUGGUGCUGCUGUUGUUGUUGUUGUUGGUGGUGGUGGUGAUGGUGCUGUUGUUGUUCCUGUUGCUGUUGCAUUUGUUGGUACUUUUUCAAUUGGUCCUCUUCAUUCUCCGGUUGUGGAGUGUGCUGUUGUGAUUGACGCGCCUUCUUGCUUUUACUGGUGGUUGCAUGGGCUGCAAUUUGUUCCAAUUUGAUUCUUGUCAUAUCAUUGGCAUCAUCAUUUGAUUCGUUUGUGGUUGUGGCUUUUCCCACAGCUGCUAACAAUUGUUCAUCAAUGUUAGUGCUGUAGUCAUCUUCAGUUGCGUCACCAGUAGACAUUUUAAAUGAGUGUAGAAGUUUGAUCUUUUUAAAAAAGAAUUAACGAUUGAAAUUGUUAUAUUCUUCUGUGUAUCUAGAUUGUUGUGGGUUUAUCACUGUUUGCCGUUGGUUGUUGUGGUUAUCAGUGGGUUCACAAUUUUUUUUGGUUGCAACUUAUUUACUAAAAAUUUGGUAACUCAGACACACCCUUUGAUUGUUUUUGGUUGAUGGGUUUGGUUGUACCAGCGAAAGGUGUAAAUACAGUCAAGGUCGUGUUCUUUGGUAGUAGUGCAAAUGAGGAUAAAAAUUUUCCUCCUUCUUUUUCUCCUUGUCAUCGUCAACACAAAAAAAAAGAAUAAAAAUAAAUAAAAAAAAGAAUAUGGCAUUUCCACGAGGCGGUCGUGCAUUGUGUUCAAAAUGACAACAAGGAGAACAAUUCAUUUUGAGCGUGUACAAUAAUGUGUGUCUUGAAUUUGCAACCAAAGUGGAUAAGCCAAUGUAUACAUAUUCUGCUAGCUGUGUCUAUAAAUAGAAUCGGGAUAGUAUUCCCAAAGUGUUAUUUUAUUACCGUAUUCUAUAUGUUUACUAAUCUAAUGCAUGCUAAACCUUUUUUUGCUUACCCACGUAAAUAAUUACUUGCCCAAGUUGGCAACACAAAGGAACUGUGGUGGAUUUGUUGAUUAUAAUACUUGAACAUUUUACUUUCUUUUUCCAAGUCAAACCUUCUUACAGGGUUGGUUAAAUCACCUUCACUGUUUGAAGCUAUAAUCAAUCCUAAUUGUCCUGAAGUAUAACUGGGCAUAUAACAUUGACAAUAUUGCACAUUGUUAAACACUUGUUUUGCCUUGUAGAUUAAAUCCUUGAGGUAUGCUAAAUUUAACCAUAUAUUUUCCAGGGAUUGCAUAAUCACAAUACCAUUUAUACUCAAUGCAUUUAAUAAUAAUUUAAAAUAGUUAAUCUGGAAAAAUUCUUCCGCUGGUCCUUCAGGAUCAGACGAGUCGGUGAUUAUAACAUCAAACUUCUUGGUUGUUUCCUUUAAAUAUUUAAACCCAUCAUCAAUAAUCAAGUUGACCUUGGGGUGACGGAUUUGGUAUGCCAUGGAUGGUAAGAACUUGCACAGUAAUUGAAUUACCAUAUCGUCAAUUUCUACCAUAGUGAUUUCUUCCACGGUAUCAUCUUCAACGUGUUUUAUCAACUCUCGAAUAACACCACAGUCUCCACCACCAAUAACCAAUACCUUCUUAGGGUUUGGAUGGGCCAUUAUUGGCACAUGAGUUAUCAACUCUUGAUAUGCAAAUUCGUCCUUCUCGGUACAUUGAAUAAUUCCAUUAAGAACAAGCACAUUGCCAAAGGUUUUUGAUUCAAAUAUAAGAAUAUCUUGGUAGAUUGUCUUUGUAUGGUACAAGAUCUUAUUUAUCUCUAAUGCAAAUGCUUGACCAGGGAAUGAUUCUGCUGACUUUUCAUAAAACCAGUACGUCCCAUUUUGGUUGGAAAUACAUGGAUGAGUAAGUGUUGCAAGGUUCACCUCGGGAAUAUUCUCUAUGUGAGUCAUGAUCUAUAUGUUAAUAUGGUGUGAUGCGCCGAGAAAGAGAUGGUUCGCU